UGGGACAUCGAGGCUGGGGUCAACUAAUUACAUAAACUAUGGCGAGUGCUACAAGUUUGAUUCAGGAAUUGCGCGCUUAUGGGCAACACCCGGGACCUAUUUCAGACGACAACCGACAUUUCUGGAAGAAGAAACUUGCGGAGCUGAAACGCGUUCACGAAGAAGAGUCGAGAUUGGGGUACCAGCUCGAAGUUGGCUUUUCCAGUGACGAGGAUGGACACAAUUGCAACAAAAGGAAGGUUGCUACUACGGACAGAAUUUCAAAGUACGGAAAAGUGGCCAAGAAAGUUCAAGGCCAUCUCGACAGACUUUCGUCUUCGAAUAUUAAUUCACCUGUAGCAAAACCAAAAACGCAAAAUUCAGAAUCUCGACGUGUCUGUCAACGUCCAGCUGAGCAGACUAUGUUUCGCUAUCGUUUGCAUAUCGUUGCUGUUUGCCUCUCAGCUGGUGUGGUUCUUGGAUACGUUGCUGCGUCGAAAGUUCAAGAUACUCGUGAAGAAACAGCCUUACGUCGACUAGACAACUUUAUGCCAUGUGACUUAGAACAUUUCAACGAGACGUGCCUGUCAGAUUCUACUCUUACAGUAGCUUUGGAGGUCAGUCAGUUUGUUGCAGAAUUUGUUAGUGUGCGAUCUGGCGACUAUGACUGCUUAGUUGGAGGAGUAAGAAGUCGGAAUGUGUCAAUGAAAGAGCUGAAAGUGCAACUGUUUGUCAGCAACAAGGACAAAGAAUGGUCAAUCUCAGCAUUGUCAAAUGCACUUUUGCUAUUUUAUAACAACCCACAUUGGGGAAUAAGGUUGUAUGAUUCUAAUACUUCUAUUGUGUCUGAUCCUAUGUAUGCUGAUGCUGACGAGGUGAUGUUUCUUGAAUCAGAAACCCCACUGAAAUCAUUCUCUUGUCGAGUCGAGAAUGCAAUUAGGCAGCUCCAAUAUCAACUGCUGUAUGUGCUAGCAGGUAUUGUUUUGGGAAUCAUAUUUGGCAUCAGUAUGUGGUUGUAUCAGAAACAUUUGCAGAAGCAGGAAGAAGAGAUGUUUGCAUAUGUUGAACAAAUUCUUGAACUACUAGAAAAGCAAGUCGGGCUAAGUCAAAAACAGUCAAACAAGAAACCGUAUGUUGUGCAACAUCAUGCACGAGACAAACUAAUUGCCCCAACUCAAAGAAAAGCAAAACAACGGGUGUGGAAGAAGGCAGUAGCAUGGAUGGCUGAAAAUGAGUCACGUGUCAGAGUCGAACAAUUACGUGUUGCUGGUGAGUACGUUCUUGUGUGGAGGUGGAUACACAAAGAAGAAGAUGACGAAUCAUCAACUGAUGAUCAGAGUUGUGAUAAGAAAGAAACAAGUUCUCUCAGGUAAUGAAAAUGACAGAUAGUUUACUACACUGCUGUGUACAGUGUUACUUAAAUUGAUUGGUCAACAUUGACAAUUUUUAUGAGCAUGCAUGUUAUG